CAUAUUUGAGACAUCCCAACCGUUAAACCCCAGGCUAAAACCCUACUCUUUGACUCCGUCGGAAUCUGUCUUUCAAGUCCUUGAAUUUGAUAUUCUUCAAAUAUUUUUUGCUGUAUAAAAUAAAAAUUCCAUCUCAGUCAUGUAUCGAAGAGCUUCAAAUUUAGCUUCAUUUAUCAGUUCUUCGACUUCGAAAAAACUGGUCUAUGGUAGGGUAAUUUGCAAUAGGAAUUAUGUGGCUAAGGAUAUCAAUUUUGGGGUUGCGGCACGUGCAGCUAUGCUGCAGGGUGUUUCUGAGGUUGCAGAAGCUGUAAAAGUCACGAUGGGACCAAAGGGUCGCAAUGUAAUUAUUGAGAAAAACCCAGGCUAUCCCAAAGUCACAAAGGAUGGUGUUACUGUUGCCAAAAGCAUCAAAUUCAAGAAUAAGGCUAAAAAUGUUGGCGCAGAUCUUGUAAAGCAGGUUGCAAAUGCCACAAAUAAAGUUGCUGGUGAUGGUACAACUUGUGCAACUGUCCUGACUCAGGCAAUUCUUUUGGAAGGCUGCAAGUCAGUGGCUGCUGGUGUAAAUGUGAUGGACUUGCGAAGCGGAAUUAAUAUGGCAGUUGAUGCUGUCAUAUCUGACUUGAAAAGCAGGGCAAUAAUGAUAAGCACACCAGAAGAGAUUACACAGGUUUGUUGA